AUGGAAGACGCCAAAGGGAUCAUCCCUAAUGCUCGACAAUAUUCGUCGCCCUCAGGCUCUGCGGCCGAGGUUGGUCAUAACUACGACCAGCCUAGGUCAUGGUCCACACGCUUCGUCGACAGCUUCAAGCGCGACCCAAACGCACACGCUACACCCCCAGGAACAGUCGGCGCAGAUGGAAAAGUAUUUGAUGUCGAACAUGCGAACGCCGCGACCGCCGACUCUGGCCUGUCUAGACAUUUGAAGGGCCGUCAUCUGCAGAUGAUCGCAAUUGGUGGAUCAAUCGGUACUGGUCUUUUCGUCGGAUCUGGAUCGGCUCUUGCGAAUGGAGGUCCUGCUUCUCUGAUCAUUGCUUACGGUAUCAUUGGAUUCAUGCUUUACACUACCGUUCACGCUCUGGGAGAAAUGGCUGUGCUUUUCCCGAUCGCUGGUUCCUUCAGUGCAUACUCGACGCGUUUCUUGGACCCAGCAUGGGGCUUCGCUAUGGGUUGGAACUAUGCUUUGCAAUGGCUGGUUGUGCUUCCUCUGGAGAUUGUUGCUGCUACCAUCACCAUUCAGUUCUGGAACGACAAGAUCGAUCCUAACGCUUGGGUUGCCAUCUUCUUGUUUGUUAUCAUCGGCAUCAAUCUUUUCGGUGUAAAGGGCUAUGGCGAGGCCGAGUUCGUCUUCUCCAUUCUCAAGGUCAUCGCCGUCGUUGGUUUCAUCAUUCUUGGCGUCAUCAUCAACGUUGGUGGUGGUCCUGAAGGCGGUUAUAUCGGUGGAAAGUAUUGGCACGAUCCCGGACCGUUCAAUCACGGUUUCAAGGGUCUUUGCAGUGUGUUUGUUACAGCUGCAUUUGCCUUUGCUGGAACUGAGCUGGUUGGUCUUGCUGCUGCCGAAACAGCCAACCCUCGCAAGUCUCUCCCCACUGCCGUCAAGCAAGUCUUCUGGAGAAUUUUCCUGUUCUACUUGGUCUCUUUGACUCUCGUUGGCCUUCUGGUUCCCUACAACGACCCGCGUCUGAUCAACGGUACCAGCAGUGUUGACGCUAAGGCCAGUCCUUUCGUCAUUGCCAUCAGAAAUGCCGGUAUCGACGGUCUGCCUUCUGUCAUGAACGCCGUCAUCUUGGUCGCUGUCCUCUCAGUCGGCAACUCUUCCAUCUACGGUUCAUCGCGUACUCUUGCAGCUCUCGCCGACCAGGGUCAAGCUCCCAAGAUUCUCGGAUACAUUGAUCGCAAGGGCCGUCCCAUUGUCUCGAUCGCCAUUUCCUCGCUCAUCGGUUUCCUCGCCUUCCUCGCUGGCUCUGACAAGCAAACCGAUGCUUUCAACUGGAUGCUGGCACUCUCUGGUCUCAGUUCCAUUUUUACAUGGCUCAGUAUCUGUCUUGCUCACAUCCGCUUUCGCAAGGCGUGGAGAGUCCAAGGCCACACUCUGGACGAGCUGGCUUUCGUAUCGCAACCUGGCCUCAUUGGCUCAUGGAUUGGUCUGGUGCUCAACAUCGUCGUCCUCAUCGCGCAGUUCUGGACUGGCUUUGCACCCAUCGGAUAUGCCGAAAUGUCGACCAGCGAUUUGAUCAUCAACUUCUUCGAGGUCUAUCUUGCUGCACCUGUUGUCGUUAUUUUCUACGUUCCUUACAAGCUUUGGUACCGUACGCCGUUUGUUCGCUCCCACAAUAUGGAUCUGCACACUGGUAUCAGAGAGCUGAACAUUGCUGAGCUGGUUGCUGAGGAGAGAGCUGAGCAGGCUCAGUGGCCGGCGUGGAAGAAGGUGUACAAGUGGUUGUGCUAG